AUGACUGUUCCGAACAGCGCCGGGCCAGACACGACCGCCGCGACCCGCGCCUCAGACCGAACCAGCGAUGUCAAGGUGAUCAUCGUAGGGCUGGGCAUUGCGGGGCUGGUGGCUGCUAUCGAGUGUCAUUAUCAGGGCCUGACUGUGAUCGGACUGGAGAAGAGUCCUGAGAUUCGCGUUCUUGGGGAUAGUAUUGCUCUAGGAAGCAAUGCCACCAAGGUGCUGCACGCAUGGGAUCAGGGGAGUGUGUACCGCGAGCUUCUAGCGCAGUCAGACGAUGUUGCUGCCAUGGAGGUCCUCAAUCCCGCCGGGAAGCUGUAUGCCAUCGACAAGAUGGAUGGCUAUGGUAUGGGUGAGGGCAUGAUUAUUCACCGUGGCACGCUCAUUACCGUUCUACAUCGGCAUGCCAUCGCUUUGGGGAUUGACCUUCGGCUCGGAGCCGCCGUCACUGAGUACUGGGAGACAGAAGACCAGGCUGGCGUCACUGUAGAUGGUAGGGAGAGGAUCGCAGCGGAUUGUGUCAUCGGUAUGGACGGGGUACACAGCCGAACUCGGGACUAUGUGCUCGGCCAUCGAAUUUCCACCCAUAACUCUGGAUUGGCCGCAUAUCGAUCAUGUUUCAGUGCUGAGCUGGUUGCCAACGAUCCCGACGCCGCCUGGAUUCUGGAGGAAGUCGGGAAGCGAGAUCGCAUGCGACGGUACAUCACUGACGGAGGUCUCGGGCUCACUCUAGCCACCGGGAAACGGGGUCAGAACAUCAUCUGGCAAGUUUGGCACCGCAACGACGCGAAAUCGGCCGAAUUCUGGGAAAAUACCACACAGGCUCGUGUAGAAGAUGCUCUGAGCCUCCUACAAGACUGGCCUAUUUACCCCAAGAUUGCCGCCGUUCUUCGACACACCCCCAGCGGAACGCUGGCGGACUACAAGAUUGUGGCUCGUGAUCCGAUACCCGGUUGGAUUUCCAGUCAGGGGCGCGUCAUGAUCCUCGGCGAUGCUGCCCAUGCCAUGUCUCCCAUUGCAGGCCAAGGAGGGGGCCAGUCAAUCGAAGACGCAGUGACACUGGCCCUCUGCCUCGCACAGGCAGGCAAGUCGUGCGUGCCAUUAGGACUGCGGGCUGUGGAAGCCCUUCGGUACCAGCGAACGCGUCUCAUCCAGGAGAGUGGGAACUCCAUCUACGGACAGAUGCGCGAUCCGGACUGGGACGCCAUUGAGAAGAACCCGGAGAUGAUCAAGUUUCCUCGCCCGCAGUGGAUCUUUGGAUACGAUGCCCGGCGUGACGUUUCCGAGGAGUUCCCAACGGUCAAAAAGGCGAUCGAGGGAGGAAGUGAGUAUCGGCCUCGGAAUAUCCCUGAAGACUGCCAGUACCAGAUUGUGCAUGACUACAAAAAGACUGUCUCAACAUAG